AACUGCAGGCCACUAAAGCCCGGGUCGCCGAACUCGCGGCUGUGCGGGCUCCUUUCCCGGAUGACGGACGUCGACCACCACGCUCACCUAUGACGGGUUGGCGCCCUCCACCCUCUUGAACCACCGUUGGGAACGGCGAUCCCAUGCCCCGCAUGCGGGUGGAUGCGCCCUGCUUUAACGGGGAUGAUCCAAUUGGGUGGAUUUUCCGUAUCCAUAACUACUUCGACUAUUUCUUGACGGCCGAACCGGAGCGCCUACAGUUGGUGGCGAUGCUCAUCGACCACCCCGCAUCGGAAUGGUUCCGCUAUUACCAGGCGAACACUGCUGGUGGCACGUGGGAAUCCUUCCUCAUGGCGGUCCGCCAACGUUUCGAUCCGGAUUAUUAUGAGAAUUACAUUGGCCUCUUAUCCAAAUUGUCCCAAACGUCCACAGUCCUGGAUUAUCAAGCAGCCUUUGAGUCCCUUCUAAAUAAGGUUACGGGCGUUCCGGAACCAACACUUAUUGCCAUGUACAUCGCCGGGCUGAAACAACCGGUCCAACGUGAAGUCAAUCUCCGAACUCCUGGCACGUUGCAGGCCACAUUCGCCUUGGCACGUGAACUGUCUGCUAGUCACAACGACACGGUUGCCUCGUAUGGCUCGUCCCAACGCCGGCCUUGGACCUCGCUCCCUCUUCCUACUGCACUGCCAGGCCCUUCCACUCCAGUAGUGUCCACUCCACGGCUCCAAAAACCACCAGAACCUGGCGCACCAACCCCUCUUCCGAUUGUUCGUGUUUCGGCGGCCGAAAAGACGGAACGCGCAAAAAAGGGCCUUUGUUGGUAUUGUGAUGAGAAAUGGGUUCCGGGCCAUAGUUGUAAACGUCGGUUCCUUGUUUUUAUGGGCCCGGAUGACGAAGAGGACAUGAUGCCGGAUGCCAAAGACACAACUUUGCCAUUGUGUGAUGACACUCUUAUUACGGGGGAUAUUUCGAGUAUGCAUUCGCUGUCGGGUAGUCCGAGUCCGCGGUCUCUCAAAUUGGCAGGUUCCGUUAACAAUACGGCUGUACAGGUUCUGUUGGACGGAGGUAGCACCCACAAUUUCAUUCACCCCACCGUCGCUCAACGCCUCGCCUUGGUUCUUCAUCCUGUUUCAGCAUUUCGUGUUUACGUCGGGAAUGGGUCUCCACUGGAAUUUUAUGAGCUCUUACCCGGCCAAUUGUCAUUACCCGAAGGUCCAGGCCCUACGGAUUUCAACAGCAGUUUACCCGUCGACCUUCCACCUGCUAUCCGGGCUACACUUACAUCCCACGCAGAAGUUUUCGGGCUGCCCUCUGGUCUGCCCUCUGGUCUGCCUCCCACCCGGUCAUGGGAUCACCGCAUCCACCUGGAGCACGCCACCAAACCAAUCAAUGUUCGUCCUUAUCGGUAUCCGUACUUUCAGAAGUCCGAGAUUGAGCGCCAGAAACUCGGUCCUCGACGUCGGACGGCAUCCACAUAUCACAAAGAGCUAUACGCUAUUGUGGAAGCAGUGCAAAAAUGGCGUCAGUAUUUAUUGGGUCGGGAAUUUGUGAUCCGCAGUGACCAGCGAAGCUUGAAGGAUCUUCUGUUCCAAAUCAUACAGACCCCCGACCAACAAUUUUACAUCCGGAAGUUAAUGGGGUUUAAAUUCCGGAUUGAAUACAAAUCCGGGGCAAUGAAUCGCGUGGCAGAUGCACUCUCCCGACGUGAAUCCGCGGACACAGGGGAUCUCUUCACAACGUAUGCUCAUCCAAUCCCCUCCCUCAUGGAUGAUAUACGUAAGGAAAAUGGUACUUUAGUGGACAUGCAGGAACUUCAUCGAGCAGUAACAAAUGGUGUCGCGCCAGCUCACAUUUCAAUCAAGGAUGGCAUCCUCUAUUAUCACCAUCGGAUUUAUCUUAGCAGCAACUCUCCCCUUCGCAUGCAGCUUCUGACCGAGUUCCACAGCACUCCAACGGCUGGCCACCAAGGCGUGGACCGUACUUUCCGGCGUUUGGCCGAUGUUUUUUAUUGGCCCCAUAUGCGACGCGACGUCCGGCAAUUUGUGGCAGCCUGCACGGUGUGUCAAACUACAAAAUAUUCUACUCAAAAGCCCGCGGGUCUUCUUCAACCCCUCCCCAUCCCAGAGCGGGUAUGGGAUGCGGCAACCAUGGAUUUUAUUACGGGAUUGCCUCCUUCCCGUGGCUACACCAUUAUAAUGGUUGUGGUUGAUCGCUUGUCCAAAUACUCCCACUUCGGCUUGCUUCCGGGAGACUUGGACGCCCCACGUGUGGCCCGGGUAUUCCUUGAUGUUGUGGUCAAGCACCAUGGCUUUCCGGGUAGCAUUGUUUCGGAUCGAGACCCCGUCUUUAUGAGCCUCUUUUGGAAGGAACUGUUGUCUCUCAGCGGCACAUCCUUGAAGUACAGUACGGCGUAUCACCCUCAAACGGAUGGACAAACGGAGGUUCUUAAUCGUGUUAUUGAGCAAUAUCUUCGGGCCUUCGCGUCGGACCGGCCUGCCCGGUGGUCCAGCAUGCUGCCGUGGGCUGAAUUGGCCCUCAAUUGCAGCCACAAAUCCAGCAUCCGGAUGUCUCCUUUUCAGGCCUUAUACGGUCGCCCUCCACCCUCCGUUUUCUCCACUCCUUCGACGCGUUCCCGAGUCCCCGCUGUUGAAGAAAUGCUAAAGGAGCGGGCUGAGGUCCUCCAAGCUUUGAAACAGAAUCUGUUCCGAAUGCAGCAACACAUGAGUAGUCAGGCUAAUAAACACCGGCGUGACAUUUCCUUCGCCGUCGGUGAUUGGGUGCUUCUCAAGCUGCAGCCCUAUCGUCAGCACUCAGUUGCUAAGCCACGGUCUGUCAAGUUGGGACGCCGCUUUUAUGGGCCAUUUGAGGUGCUUGAACGUAUUGGCCAAGUGGCGUAUCGACUGCGUCUACCAGACGGAUGCCGCGUCCACAACGUCUUCCAUGUAUCCUUGUUGCGUCCUUUUGUUCGUUCGACGACGCAUGUUCCUCGAGUCGCCCUCCCAAAGGAUUUUUUUCGGGGACGUCCAGUGGCUAUUCCCAUUGCCGCUACUCGUCAUCGCACGGUAUUGGUUAACGGCGAGCCUCAAGAUCAGUGGUUGAUUCAAUGGUCCGACGGCGCGGCGGACAAUAUGACGUGGGAGCCCGUUUCAGAAAUGCAGCGCCAUUUUCCAACUCUCACCCUUGAGGACAAGGCCGUUUCUGAGGCCGGGGGAGUUGAUACGGAUGUUAGGGAGAACGAGCCCGAACCACAACACGAGGACGACCCAAUUAGACGCCCGAGAAGGAAUGUCCGCCCACCCCGGCGCUACGACGAUUAUGUCUGUUUCUUCAAGCUCCAAUUACUUCAAUUUCAUCUUCUUCAACAAUUGCUUGUGUUUAUGCGAUUGAGAAGUGGUAAAGUAAUCGGUGAAGAAAGAGAAAGUGAAACAGGUAGUAAUAGCGACCAGGUAAGUGAGUUAAGUGAGGCUGAACCCUCUUUUAAUUUCGAUAAUCUUGUGGAACUGUUUGGGUCUGCUCGUACCAUAUCUGAAAUUACACCUGUGAGUGUAUGCGUGCAGAACAUAAGUGAAUCUGAUUUCAAAGAAUCAACUUUUAAUAAUCAAGCUAGUUCUAAGAUGGCAGGCCCUAACCGUACUCUUCGAGAAUUAGCUGCACCUGACCUGACCAUUCAACCUAUUUCCAUCACUUAUGGUGAGUUGGAAAAACCCCUUAAACUUAAUUCUGGAUUUAUCAAUUUACUUCCUAAGUUUCAUGGUCUUCCUGGAGAGGAUCCUUUUAGGCACAUAUCUGAAUUUAUGAUCACUUGUGGUGCAAUGGUGCCUGAAGGAGUCUCUCCAGACCAAAUUAGACUUAGAGCUUUUCCUUUUUCCCUUUCUGAUAAGGCCAAAGAUUGGCUUUACUAUAUGCCAGCUGGAUCUUUCACCACGUGGAAUGACCUUCAUAAGGCUUUUCUUGAGAAAUUUUUUCCGGCAUCUAGGAUUGGGUCAAUUAGGAAAGAGAUUUGUGGGGUUAAACAAUUGAAUGGGGAGAACUUUUCUGAGUAUUGGGAGCGUUUUAAUAAGCUUGUUUGUUCUUGUCCUCAACAUCAAAUAACCGAGCAGUUGUUAAUCCAAUAUUUUUAUGAAGGACUUUUGCCUACCGAGAGGGGCAUUGUUGAUGCCGCUAGCGGUGGUGCAUUAGUGAACAAAACCCCCGCUCAAGCGAGGGAGCUUUUUAAUACUAUUGCCCAAAAUACCCAACAAUUUGGAACUCGUGACAAUGUCGUGAGGCCGGUUAGCGAGAUAGGGAAUUCAUCUUCUUUAGAAUAUAAGCUUUCUGCCUUAACUGAUGCUAUUUCUAAACUUGUUGUGGGUAAUAUAGGGGGUAGUAAGGGUAAACAUUGUGGAGUGUGUUGCUUGGAAGGACAUCCCACUGAUGCGUGUCCAACACUCCAAAAUCCUGAAGUUAAUGCUUUGUUUUUCAAUAAUAACAACCAAAAGAAGUAUGAUCCUUUUUCUAACACUUAUAACGAGGGUUGGAGAGACCAUCUGAAUCUGCGUUAUGGUCCUCCGAGGGGUAAUAAUCUGAAUUUUUCUAAUAAUCCACCUCCCCAACAAGAUAGGGCAACCCAGAUGUUAGAACAAGUGCUUAAAAAGAUGGAUGAUAAAUUUACUUCGGUUGACAUAAGUCUUAAGCAACUUCAAGAAAGACAAACAGCCUCUGAAACUUUGAUUAGUAAUAUGCAAGCUCAAAUGAACAAUAGGCUGCCUUCUCAACCCAUUCCAAACCCUAAGGAGAACCUUAAUGCUAUAGAGUUAAGGAAUAAAAAGGUGCUCAAAGAACCUAAAUGCAUUAGGGAAGAGGAAAAAGAGUUAGAAGUUGAACUUAGAAGUCCAAAACAGCCCUUAGAACCUGAAAUUCAGCCUCUGGACUCUGAAGACCAGUCUUUAGAACCUGCAACCAGCAUCUUAGAUGAGGAUAAUGAGGCUGAAAAAUCUGAGAAAAAAGGAAAAACUGACCUUAGGGAUAGAAAUCCAGCCCUACCACACCUUAAGGCACCCUUCCCUAGCAAAUUUCUUCAACCUAGAAAGCCUAAAGAAAUUGAUCUUGCACUUCUUGAUACUUUUAAGAAGGUGGAAAUUAAUUUACCUCUCUUAGAAGCUAUUAAGCAAGUCCCUAAAUAUGCUAAGUUUCUAAAAGAGCUUUGCACCAACAAGAAUAGGCUAACGGGGAAUGAACGGGUAAGAAUGGGUGAAAAUGUUUCUGCAGUUUUUCAAAAGAAAAUUCCUCCAAAAUGCAAGGAUUCUGGUGUUUUUACCAUUCCUUGUCUUAUUGGUGAUUUGCACUUUGAUAGAGCCAUGUUGGAUUUAGGGUCUUCUAUUAAUGUAAUGCCCAAAGACAUUUUUGAUAAGCUUAAUAUUGGGGAAUUGAAACCAACAGGGGUAGUAAUCCAAUUAGCCGAUAGGAGUUAUACUUAUCCCGAUGACAUACCCAUUCUUCUAGGUAGACCUUUCAUGAAAACUGCUAGAGCUAAGAUUGAUGUUUAUGAUGGGGUUUUGUCGCUGGAAUUUGAUGGUGAAAAGAUUGAAUUUAACUUGUCCUCUGCGAUGAAAAGUCCCAUUGAAAAUAAUCAGCUUUGUUCUAUGGAUGUGAUUGAUGAUUGUGCUCAAGCUGUUUUUAACUUGUCUAGUGAUGAUGUGCUUGAUUCUGUGUUGUGUAAUAGCCUUGACAGGGUAGAACUUGAAUGCUUAGAGUACAGUUUGUCUAGUGAAGUUUUGAACUUAAUUGAGUACCUUGCUGAGUUUGAGGAGCUAGAAAACCUUAGCCAACCAGUGUUUAGGGCUGAAUUACUUGAGAACAGACCUAAGCUGGCUCCAUCCUUAGUCUCUCCACCUAAACUUGAGCUUAAAGACCUGCCCGAAGACCUUAAUGUGAAAGGAGUAAUUAAGCAGAUGAUCGAGGCCGGGGAGAUCGAUCCUGAGUAUCUAGCUCAGGCCAAGCAAAAGAAGAACCAAUGGAUCAGGCCUGAGGGACAACCGGUCGAACAGAAUAAGAAGAAGAAAGCGGCCGGUAAGGAGCAUCUCCAAGUCAUCUACGGCAGACCGGAAGGGGGAGACUCUGCUUCCCAAAGGAAGAAAUGGGGGCGAGAGCUCUACGUAGGGGCGGUGGCCCUCAAUCCCCGUAGUGUCAACGUGUUAUACUUGGAUGCUUUUGAGAAGCUCAAGUUGUGUCGAACACGGCUUGAGCCCUUGAAGACUCCCCUGUCUGGGUUUACCGGGGACUCAGUCGAAGCUGAAGGGUCGAUCCUUCUAACCUGUGAAUUGGGCACAGGCGAGCAGGUCGUCCAAAAACAAAUGAGGUUUGUGGUUGUGAACAUCAAAUGUGUUCACAAUGCCAUUUUGGGCCGGCCUGGAAUAAACAAGGUCCGUGGGGUCAUCUCCAUGGCCCAUCUCUGUAUGAAGUUCUACACCCCGGGUGGUAUAGGACAAGUUAGAGGAGAUCAAAAGAAGGCCCGGCAUUGCUAUUUGGAGGCUGUAAGGAAAAUGACGAAGGCGUUUGAGAGAGUCACUUUGGUCUCUCAGGAGGAAGACCGGUCAAAGUUAGAACCAGGCGAUGAAACCGAGCAGAUUGUUCUCCGGGAAGCUUUCCCGGAAAGAAUGGUACGGAUUGGCAGAGAUCUGCCCGGAGGACUUCGAGAUGAAAUCAUCUCAGUCCUUCGGGAGUAUGCAGAUAUUUUCGCGUGGAGUGUGGCGGACAUGCCAGGCAUUGACCGUUCUGUCAUAUGCCAUCGUUUGGCUGUGAUGGAAGGGAGCCGGCCUGUGAAACAAAAGAAGAGGCACUUGGCGAACGUCCGGAGGGACUUUGUGAAAAAAGAGUUCAAAAUAGAGUAUAAACCAAGAACUGCAAUCAAGGGUCAAGCUUUGGCAGACUUCCUCUUCGAACUGACCGGUCUAGAGCCCGAAGCCGGACCUUCCCAUACGGUCGAACCGUGGUGGGAUAUGGUCGUUGAUGGGGCCUCUGGACCGAAGGGAUGCGGGGCCGGCGUAGUCUUCACUACCCCGGAAGGAUUCAAGAUCUACCAUGCCUUAGAUUUUAAUUUCAAACUCACCAAUAAUGAGGCGGAGUAUAAAGCGUUGGCCGGUGGUCUCAGAUUAGCCCCGGCUCUCGGAAUAAAAAGGAUGAAGAUCCGUUCCGAUUCAAGUCUGGUUGUUGGACAGGUCAAUGGUGAGAUGGAAGUAAAAGAAGAUCGCCUGGCCCGGUAUAGUGACCUGGUCCGAGCACUCCUAAGGGAGUUAGAAGAGUUUCGUCUGACCAGGAUACCCCGGUCAGAAAACACCGAUGCAGAUAUGCUUUCAAAAUUGACGCAAGCUUGCCCGGAGCAUGUGUCAAAAUUGGCGAAAAUUGAGAUACUGGACGUGCCGAGCACAGACCGGUUCGAAGUCGUGGCCUUCCAACCGGACCAGACUUCAGCGACCGGGAUAAUCGGAGCAGAUGAUGACUGGAGGUACGAACUCAUGGAGUAUGUGGAGACCGGUCAGAAGCCAGAUGACGAGGAACGAGCCAGGAAAGUAGUCCUACGGGCUCCACGUUUCCAGGUAAUCGACGGUCAUCUAUACAAACGUGCCAUUGGCGGACCACUCUUGCGUUGCCUUACCAACCCGGAGGCUGAACGGGUAAUAGCCGAGGUACAUGAGGGAGUUUGUGCAGCCCAUCAAAUGUCCCGCACUUUGGCUCAAAGGAUAAUCCUGCUAGGCUACUACUGGCCGACCAUUGUUGGGGAUUGUGAGAGGUAUGUCCAGAGAUGUAGAACGUGCCAGGUUUUUUACAAACAUCCCGGCAGACCGGCCACAUAUUACCAACCAACCUCUAAUGUCAUACCGUUUGCCCGGUUUGGGAUUGACAUUAUUGGAGCCUUCCCGGUUGCCCAAGGCGGAAAGAAGUUCGUGAUGGUGGCUAUUGAUUACUUCACUAAAUGGAUCGAGGCUGAGGCGAUGGCCACCAUAACCGUACGGCAGUGUGAGAAAUUUGUUUGGAAAAACAUUAUCACCCGGUUUGGUGCCCCAAAAAUCAUUGUCACCGACAACGGUCCACAGUUUCGCAAUCCCCGGUUCACUGCAUACCUUGCUAGCUUCGGGGUCAAGCAUAGCAAGGCAUCGGUAGCAUAUCCACAGGGAAAUGACCAAGUCAAAAACGCUAACCGGACAAUUGUGGACGGUCUAAAAAAGAGGCUAGGUGAGGAAGGACACAAGUGGUUGGAAGCCUUACCUCAUACGGUCUGGGCGCAUAGAGUGACUUCAAGAAGAGCAACUGGAGAGACUCCUUUCGUGCUCACUUACGGAUGUUAAGCCCGGCUACCAGUGGAGGCAGAAAUUCCAACAUUUAGGGAAACCGUGUACCAGCCCGGUCAGAAUGAGGUCGACCACCUCGCUGAACUGAAUCUGGUGGAAGAACGGAGGACCAUAGCAGCGGUCAAGAUGGCCGGUUACUAGCAGUUAGUAAAGCGAUAUCAUGACA